AGAAACCCCCACUGCAGGAAAUGUCCAAAGGUGCUCCCAUGGAAGCAGAGCGGUGUCAGGACCACAGGCACCAGGAGGGACCUGGGAGAGUGAGUUUCCCAACAGAACUGGACCUCCAUCUGCUGGAUGAUGAUUUGGUCCCUGAGAUACAGAAGUUGCGACAUGUUAUAAAUUGGGCCCAGAAGUUCUUGUCCAAUCCUCCAGAAGAGCAUGGGUUGAAGUCUCUAGGACUCCCCCAGUCUAACCUUUGCCAAAGUUCAAGGGCUCUAGGAAGUAAGAGAAAUACCCCUCUGUGGUCACCUGAUUCUCCACCCCUGCUCAAAGAGGACCAGUCCAUCACACGAACAGACAUUCUCAGCUGCUCUUUAAGCCCUCAGAAUAACUUGUCAGAAAUGGGCGUGUCUUCAGAAUUUCUAAGUUCCUUCCAGAAGGAGGGUUUUCAAGGCAGUCAGUCUUGCAGGUGGCAAAAAACUACGGUUAGGGAUGAGGGAGAGGGAAGAGCUGCCAGAUGCCCUCUUGAUAGGCUUCCACAGGAAGAUAAUGCUCAACAAACAUACAGCAGAGCAGGAGACAGUGGUAUUCAGAACCCCAGUGAGGAUGAGAUGUUUCCUAAGAGGCUGAGGGCUCCGCCACAACUCAGACACACUUCUGAAGAGAGGAGCGUUUUAGAGGAAGCCAGUCAGAGCCCUUCCAGAAAUGGUUCCUUCUGGACUCCACUGACAGACAGCUCAGAGGAAGACCAUUCAGAUGAACCCCGAGAAAGUAAAGGGACAGUUCGAAGGGGAGUUCUAGGCAGGAAGUGUAGAGGGUUUACAGGAGUCACCUUGUCUCCCACAAGUGACAGCAGCACAGUGGUGUUGAAAACCACAAUGCUAAGGGGCAGUUCCUCCCCUGGGGACACACUCCUGGAGGGUGAAGUCAGGGAGGAGUGCACAGGAGUAGAGUCCCCUGUGGGGACCGCCAAGGAUCUCACAGGGGAAUUCCAGGCUGACAGCUCCAGAGGUGAAGACCCCAUUCAGAGACUGCCUUGGGGUCAACGGAUAACCCCCUAUGACAGCUCUAGUCAAAAAAGAAAGGAAUCAGAAAAUGUGGGGUUUAGUUUGUGUUCCCCUCAAACUGAUACUAAGCAUAAAAAUGAAUGGAAAUGUACUAUCAAAGAAAGCAUGGGGAAGACUAUCAUGAGGAGAGUGCCAAGAGGUGGUCCUAACAGAAGUGUGCAUAGUUCUGCUAAAAGCAGCCCUCCUGUGAUAACGCAGAGGCAAUUUGACCUAACACAUCCUGAAAGUUAUGUGGCCCCUGAAAUUGCCAGCCUCUCGCUGAGUGUGUCAGAGGGCCCCUUGGAGAAUGCUGUGUUUUGUGUACGUCCGGGUGCCACUGCGGAUGCACAUGGUACACGCAGCAGCACUUGGUUUGACCAAUGGCCACCACCUAAGAUGGAUGGUGGAUCCACACAGACACCCCGAGUGGUCACCAUGCAAACCACUCAUGAGCAAAAGGAAGAGACAUUUUCUUCAAGCCAUCUCAUUUCCAGAGAUAUUUCCAAAACUGGUUUGAAGAGAUCCUUCCCACCCCGGGAUGCUGGCGAUAGCCUCUCCUGGAGUGAUGCGCCAGCACAUAAACCAGAGCGAGGGGCCAGUGUACUGGAGACAUAUUUCUAUUAUUUGCAAAUGCUGAACAAGAUCAGGGGUCUCUCUUCCGAAGAGAGGAACUCCUCUUUGCCUUUCCAGGGGCCCAGACAAUCUGAAUCAGAGUCAGCAAUCACAUCUCCAGAAGGAAAAGGCCGGUCUAAAGGGGCCAGCCUACAUAGGGAGACUAAGGAGUGGAGAGAUGGGUGUGGGAGUGAUGUGGCUGUGGAAGGUGAGAAGGGCACCUGUCCCCAAGGACAAGGCUGUGUGGAACAGACAGCUCCAGAAGAGACCAGCAUUUGGAAACUUCAAGGGAAGUUAUAUUCUGCUACCCCUGAAACGACAUCCAGAAUGACCGGCUGUGGGGGGUACCGGGAAAUGUCUAGCACUGCAAGUUCAUCUCAUAAACAUGGAGACGUGAAGCUCAGAUUUCAAAGCAUUUCAAGACCAAACUCAGCUGAAGCAGAGGAGAGAACCUCUACUGGGACUUAUCCCGAUUCUUAUGCUGUUGGAUCAGCUGAAAAAUUCUUUUGCAAGAAUGUGCCUCAAGAUGUGGAGAGAGAGAAUGAGGAGCACAAAAGAGAUGCUGGCAUCUCACAGUGGCUACUCCUGCCUGAUGAAAUAUGGAUUUGCAUAUUUUCCCUUCUGUCGCACAAGGAGCUCGCUUGGGUUGCACAAGUGUGUCGCCACUUCUACCGUCUUGCAAGUGAUGAAAGCCUCUGGAAGCGAGUCCAGAUCUCAGACUGCUGCGUCCUGGAGGAUGGCUGGCUGGUGGCUCUGGCUUGUCGCCAGCCCCACUCUCUCACUCUGCACCGAUGCCGCCAUGCUGGCCAGGCUGUGACAGACCUCGGGUUGAAGCGACUUUUCCAGCACUGUGGGGAUGUUCUUCAGGAACUGAAUGUGACAAGCUGCAGUGGUCCUGGGCUUACAGGAGACAAAGUCCUGCUCCACGCAGGGGCGCUUUGCAGCAAAUUGACAGCCGUGGACAUAAGUUGGUCCGGGGCCACAGAUGUGGGAAUGAUGGCCCUUAUACAAGGUGCUUCAAGUCUUCAUGGACUCUCCAUUAAUGGAUGCCAGAUUACAGACAAAGCCAUUAAAGCCUUAGUUAAAAAGCAUGGAAACAGUGGCUUUGCAGAUACCAUGAAAAGAAGACUGCUUCUCAGAGGAUUGCUUCUUUCUUAAUUUCCCCUGCUGAUUGGCAUAUAGUUAUGGUUCAUGGAUUUCUUUUUAAGGAAUUUUAUUUCUUCAAACAAGAAUAAUAAAUUUGGGGAAAGAGUUUUCUUAAGCAAAAAGUUGGUCACUUCAUGGAAAGUUUAAAGAAAUGCUUAUGUAAAUUCAAUACUUAGAAUGUGCCUAAAGAAAAAUCUAUUGAUAUCAUUAAGAUCAGUAUAUUUUCCUUUUCUUUUUGUGGAUAAGUCUUACAGGAAUUUUCACACCAAGAUUUCUGAGUGCUGCAUUUGGUGGAUUCUUUCAUCAAUUUAGCGUGAUAGAAAUGUCAUUCUUGACCUUGUUUCUGAAGGCUGUUUUAACCUUACUAAUUAAGCAACCUCUGAAGCUAUUCAGUGAAGCUCUCUUGAGAGUGGAGGGCCUUUGAUUAGGAAAAUUUCCUAAUUGAGUAGGAUCUCUCAUCAUAAAACAGCCAUAACAUGUUGAUUAUAGUUUUACCACUAGGAAUUCCAUUGCUUAACACAAUGGAUUAUCAAAAUAAUUUGAUUAACCUAAGUCAAUUUUAGCCUAGAGAUACUUCGAACCAUUGAAAAGAUCAAGUCACCUUAGCAAUCCUGGUGUCAAGGAAAAAGGAUAGGCUUUUGAUCAUCAUAGCAAAAAUAAAUAUUGUACAAUAGAGUUUGGAGUUUUAUGUAAUAGCAA